AUGGUGUUUAGGCAUUUAUUGGAAAAUGGAAUGGAUCAAUCAUACACGAUCUGGUACUUUCACGGGGAAAAUCUGAGUGAAUCUCCCCAACAUGGAAGUGAUGUAAAUGACGUUGAAAUGCCAGAGACGUAUCAGAUGUAUAGAGAUAUUUUCUUUGAUGGUGGUGAUGAUGUUUCGGAUCCAAACUAUGAAAUAAGAGAGGUUGAGUUUAAAAAAAAGUUAGAAUAUGCUGAGACCCCUUUAUUUCCAGAAUGCACAAAGUAUACGGUUAUGUCUGCAAUUGUUGCCUUAUACAAGCACAAAGCAACAACUAAUUUAUCCGACACUGGUUUUGAUGGACUUCUUCAAAUGUUUGGGGAUAUGCUUCCAGAAAAUAACAAACUUCCUAAGAGCUAUUAUGAAACGAAAAUUUUUUUGAAGACAUUUGAUUUAGGAUAUGAGAAAAUAGAUGCUUGGCCGAGGCAACCGGGGAAUGAUAUAGAUGUGUAUUUGGAGCCACUUAUAGAUGAUUUGAAAGAGCUAUGGGAGAAAGGCGUGGAAAUUUAUGAUGCAGCAAAGUCCACAUUUAAUUUGAAGGUAAUCUUGAUGUGGACAAUUAGUGACUUUCCAGCUUUUAGUAACCUCUCUGGUCAUGUUACAAAGGGUAAAAAAGCUUGUCCAACAUGUAGUGAUGACACAUGUUCAAGGCGGUUGAAUUGUAGCACCAAGACCGUGUACUUAGGUCACCGUCGAUGGCUAUCUCCUACUCACCCAUUUCGAAAAAAGAAGAGUUGGUUUGAUGGGAGUGAAGAACAUAGGUGGAAGCCUAAAAUAUUGUCUGGGACUGAAAUUCUUCAUGCUAUGAAAAAUAUUAAAAAUGAUUGGGGUAAGAAAGCGAAGGGAAAAUUACAUAUCAAACCAAAAAUUGGAAAGAGGAAACAAAAGACAAAAAAGGACGAAAAUGUGGCGUGGAAGAAAAAAUCCAUAUUUUUUGAAUUACCAUACUGGGAGGUAUUACUCGUUCGCCAUAACUUAGAUGUCAUACAUAUUGAGAAGAAUAUUUGUGAGAGUAUUAUUGGCACCCUAUUGAACAUAAAAGGAAAAUCAAAGGAUGGACUCAAGUCUCGUAGGGAUUUGGAGGAAAUGGGCAUCAGGGGGGAUUUGCACCCACAAGAUUCCAAAGGGAAACAUUUCUUGCCACCAGCACCUCAUACACUAAAGAAGGAAGAAAAACAGCUUUUUUGUAAGCGAUUACAACAAUUAAAGCUACCAGACGGCUAUAGUUCCAACAUUGGGACACAUGUAUCAUUGGAUGAAUGCAAGGUUGUAGGCUUGAAAUCUCAUGAUUAUCAUGUCCUAAUGCAACAAUUACUACCGGUAGCGUUACGGGGAAUUCUACCAAAGGGUGUAAGGAAUGCCAUAUUUCGCCUAUGUGCAUAUUUUAAUGAAGUAUGCCAAAGGGUGAUUGAUAGGAACUCAAUGGAAUGA